AUGAAGUUCUCUCUCGCCACUGCCGCUGCCUUCGUCAGCGCUGCUGCCGCCGCUACCCUCCCCUCUGCCUUCACCCUGGUCGCUGAUGGCGGAAACACUGUCCUGACCGAUGGUGAAUACCUCUACGUCGGCGGCAACACUACCACCAACGAGAUCGCCAUCUUCCACUCCACCCCCGACACCGGCGCCGUCUCCUUCACCUCUCAGUCCUCCACCCCCACGGGCUUCCAGAACCUCUACGUUGUCGAGAAGUCCGUCUCCCCCGUUGAGCUGACCCGCCCCCACUCCGGGGCUGUGCCCGAGGGCGCCAGCACCCUGGACUUCGGCGCCAACGAGAAGGGUUACUUUACCCACGCCGGCAAGGACUACUUCGCUAUUGACGGGUACGGCGAUGUCCCCCAGAAGACCAUCUACUGGUACGGCGCCCACAGCUCCGAGUACAAGGCUGUCAACCUCUGGGUUAAGGAGUUCAAGGAGUAA